AUCCUAAAACUGCUCUGAUGUCAUGACACAAUGGCGAGCGAUCUUGUUAUGACGUUUUGGAGUACUGUGACGUCAUCCAGUUGUGCAGAAAACUAAACCAAUGACCAUCUGUUGUGUGUGGAGAUAACUCACGGGGAGUCAGGUUGUCAGCGAGGAAUAUGAAAACAGUCUUCGUGUGAGUUAGCUAUGGAAGACGGAAACUCUUCAGCGGACCAGCCGUCGGCGUCACUGUGGGUGGACUCUAUGCUGGGCGUGCCUCUUCAGCGCAGCAGGUUCUCCCUGCCUAUGGAUAUGAAACUUCUCGAAAAUAUGUCUGCCCAGGAGUAUCUGUUGAAGCACUGCCAAGUGUCACCCAUGAAAUGGGUCAUGUGCCAGAGAAUCUUCUACAAAGUGAAAGACAAGACCGGAGUCAUUCUGUUCAAGGAUCUGAAGAAGGCGCUGUUGGAAGCGCUCGUCAAUCCGAUCACCUCCGAUCAGCUGCGCGACAUGUACGAGAUGCUGUCGAUCACCGAGGACUCCCACGUCGACUGUGCGUACUUCGCCGCCAUCACCGCCUUCGCCGAGCGGUUCGCGCAGUUAGUACACGUCACGUACACAUUACUAUACAACAAGGUCCUCGACGGUACGGACACCUCCAGGGGCCUGGUGGAGGCGGCCGAUUUCAGCGCACUCGACUGGAAGUUGGAGGGGAUCCAGCCCAACCCUGGAGUAGAACAAAUCCUCAGAGUGUUGAACAAAUAAUGGGGCGAUUCGUUUUACUGUCAGCAGUGGAAUUAAUCCCUUAGUCCUAAUAAGGACAUACCCUAAUAUUGAACUGAUGGCGUAUUGUUUUAGUCCUACAACGUCGUAAGCUAUACGAACAGAAAGGGCCUACGUCGUCGAUGUUCUCUUAGUUCCUGCUAUGGAUUCGAGUCCUAUUCAAGACGCGGGAAAUGUUGCAAGAAAUGCCUACUGGAAACCUUAAUAGCUUCUAAUGGCACGACAUUCGCUUCGGAGUUCUGCCCACAGUUAUAUUGGGUCGUAAUAUCACCACUUAUCGAUUGUUCCAGUUCGUCAUAGAAUUCACGUUUUGAUCAUGUUCUGUUGAUAUUGUAUUUUCUAUAGUUAUUUUGCACGCUCAACGACAGGUGGUUUUCAAACCGUUUCAAUUAACCUUCCUCAGCCCAUCGCAGUCUUGAAUGUAAAAAAAAAGAAAAAGGAUAGCGCCCACACCGCUUUCAAACGUUUCUUGUGCUAUCAUAGGUCUAAUGUUAGAACGAGAUUUGCUUUAUUAAAUGAGGCAUGAAACACAAUUCUAGUUUUAAGGGUUUUUUCACACAUAAAAAGCCAAAUAUUUACAUUA